AAACAGCAUACUCCUGUCCAGUAGGUGGCGGUAUGCAUUAUUUCAUGUUGGUUGCGACCCCCCAAUAAAAUUGAUAGAGGAAGAAGAAGGCCGAUAACCUGUAACCAUAAUAAAGAGCGGAACCUUAAUGUGGCUGAGGUCUGCAGUCGGAACUUUAAAGUUGUGACACCCAGCCGUUGCUUCGUCUUGUGGCAGUGCAGAUAAUUAAUUUGACCGGUAAUUAAGCAAAAAUGUCUUCAGUUGAGAAUUUGAGAGAGUUUGUCAACGAGCGACUAUCUGCUGCUGCUGAAGAAAUAUUCGGAGUUUUUAAAAGAAUCGUCGUCGAGUACCAGGAAGAGAUCGACCGGCAGCGCAGACUGUUGGAUGUUUUAUGGAAACCCGAAGUGAGGUUACACAGGAUAGAGCUCCCACAGUCACGUGUCUGUAAGGAGGAGGAGCUUCUCUCUGACCAGCAGCUCUGUCUCCAGGAGAGGAAGCCAAGUCUGGACCAAGAGGACCCAGAUCCUCCAGAGAUUAAAGAGGAACAGGAGGAACUCUGCACCAGUCCAGAGGGAGAGCAGCUUGAACCGAAGCAGGAGGCCUUUACGUUGACUCCUACUUGUGAGGAAAGAGGCCACGGUGAAGAUCAACUUCUGGACUCGUGUACUGAUGAAGCUGAGAGUGUGGUACAGGAAACAUCUCUAGAAUACAUUUCAGUUGAAAGCACCGCUGUAGUUGAACUAAACAAUGACCACCAGCUUCUCUCUCACAAUCCUCAUGAAUCUGAUGGCCGAGAUCAGAAAGGAGUAAAACUUAGUUUAACAUUAAACAAGGAACCAGGUCCUUUGGGUGAGAAGCCGUUUUUGUGCAGAGAUUGUGGGAAAUACUUUCAAAAUAGAAAUCGCUUGUUUGCACACAUGAGAAUAACCCAUAGAGUUUAUCAACCAUAUUUAUGCAACACCUGUGGAAAAAGAUUCACUAAACUAUCAGCAGUGAAGAGUCAUAUAAGAAUUCAUACUGGGGAGAAGCCAUAUUCCUGCAUAAUUUGCGGGAAAACAUUCUGUCGGCUAUCAUCUUUGACGUCUCAUAAAAUAACUCAUAGUGGGGAGAAGCCAUAUUCCUGCAGUGCAUGUGGAAAAACAUUCUCUUGGCUAUCAGUAUUAAAGCGUCAUAAAAGAACUCAUAGUGGGGAGAAGCCAUAUUCCUGCAUCACAUGUGGAAAAACAUUCUCUCGGCCUUCAUCUUUGACGUCUCAUAAAAGAAUUCAUACUGGGGAGAAGCCAUAUUCCUGCAUCACAUGUGGAAAAACAUUCUCUCGGCCUUCAUCUUUGACGUCUCAUAAAAGAAUUCAUACUGGGGAGAAGCCAUAUUCCUGUAAAAUAUGUAAAAGUGGUUUCAGGAGUUCUAGUAACCUAGUUGUCCACAUGAGAAGAACCCACAAGGGUGAGACGUCAUAGAGUAAAUAUUUGGAGCAAUUUUUAAGAUUGAACAGGCGUUGAAGCUUUCUAUAAGAACAGAACACAAAUGCUUCAUUUGAGAGAAAAGUCUCUUCAGUAAGUUUCUGACAGACAGACAGACCGCGGUGACCUCGGCGUGUGGAGUAGAGAGGGUGCGCCGGGAACCGCAGGGUUGUCCGUUUAAAUCCUGGCUGCUCCAUGUCGAAGUGUCGUUGAGCAAGACACCCAACCUCUAACUGCUCCCCGGGCGCCUUUACGGCAGCACACCACUCCCACUGUGUGGGAUGGGUUAAAAAUGUAAACCGUGGGUUAAAUAUGCACUGCAGGUUGCUUUGGAUAAAAGUUUCAGCUAAAUGAUAUGUAAUGUAAUAACCAGUCAUUAAAUGUAUAUAGUUUACUGUCAUCCCCCAAAUCUUUGUUACAGAUUAAGGGAUCAUAUCUUGCAAAUGUUUAACCUGUUUGAUAAAUAGUUUGUCAGAUAGACAAAUAUAUAUAAUCUACGAAAAGUCCUGCAAUAAAAAUGAUGGAUCUCUUAAAUUGCUAAACCCUCAAA